AAAGACGAACAGGACUCCUUUUGCGGGCUUCUUUUUCAAAGAGGAGCUCAACCGACUCGCUCUCUCUUCAUCGGCAUUCCUUUUUGCCGCCUAAUAUCGUUACUCUUCGCCUCUUCCUUCUUCCCUGCGAAUUUCUAGGGUUUCUGAAAAUGCUGUUACAACUGCCUCGACUGUCGAGCUCUCUGAGGGAUCCCUACGACGUCGAUGAUGCAUAUCUCCAACGCAGGAUCAUCCUCCAAAAUCACCAAUCUUCCCAAAGUUCAAACAAUGAUUUGGAGCUCGCACAGAAAAUAGUUCAUCAGUGGGAAGAAGCCUCUAUAGAUGUACGUCAAGCAUACAGACAAUUUCUUGGGGCAAUAGUAGAGUUGAUUAAUGGUGAAGUGGUAUCAGAAGAAUUUCAAGAAGUGGCAAAAAUUGUUUAUGAUCUUUUCAGUGGUCUGGGAACAGAUUACGAUGGAAGUGAAAGUAUUGCUGAGAGAAAGGUGGAAUUGCAGAGGCUUCUUGGUUACUCUGUUUCAGAUGCUAGUCUGCAGAAAGUUGCUUCACUAGCUCAAAGGCUUUCUGCUUUGCAGUCUAAUGACCAUGAAACUAAGCUUGCCAUGGAUAGGCCAGUUGAUGGAUAUGUUGAUAAUUCAAGUGAAUUUGGCACCAAUCUUUCUUUCCGAGAACCGGCUCGGUUUCUUUUGGACAUACCAUUGGAAAAUGGAGUAUACCUGGCCGAUGAAAACUAUGAGACUUCUAUCUCCAAUGACCAUGAAUCUGCAUAUCACCACUCAGCUAUUGACAAGGAAAAUGUGAAUUUGAGAUGGUUAAAAAAUGCAUGCGACCUAAUAGUCAGGAAAGGUGGCUCGCAGCUUUCUGGAGAUGAAUUAGCAAUGGCUCUUUGUCGUGUGCUUGAAUCAGACAAAGCAGGUGAUGAGAUCGCCGGCGAUUUAUUGGAUCUUGUUGGAGAUAGUUCCUUUGAAACAGUGCAGGAUCUCUUAUCGCACCGUAAGGAACUUGUUGAUGCCAUCCGCAAUGGGAUUUUUAUACUAAAAUCUGAGAAAACGACAUCAAUUGCUCAACCUCGUAUGCCUAGCUAUGGAACUCAGGUUACCAUUCAAACAGAAUCUGAACGGCAAAUUGAUAAACUUCGGCGGAAGGAGGAAAAGCGACAUAAACGUGGGACAGAACAUGCAGUCGAGGAUGAUUUUCAUGCAGCAAGUUUUUCUUCUUUACUUCAAGCUAGUGAGAGAAAAGGCCUCUUCGAUGAUCUGAUUGGGACUGGCCAAGGGCCUCUAUCUGUUACUGCUCUUCCUCAAGGAACUCUAAGGAAGCAUUUUAAGGGAUAUGAAGAAGUCAGAAUCCCCCCCACACCAACAGCCCAAAUGAAGCCUGGGGAGAGACUGAUAGAGAUAAAAGAGUUAGAUGACUUUGCUCAGGCUGCCUUCCAUGGCUACAAAUCCCUUAACCGCAUUCAGAGCCGCAUAUAUCAAACUACAUAUCACACGAACGAGAAUAUACUAGUUUGUGCACCAACUGGAGCUGGCAAGACAAACAUUGCUAUGAUUGCUGUUCUGCAUGAGAUCAAACAACACUUUAAGGAUGGUUUCUUGCGUAAAGAUGAAUUUAAAAUUGUCUAUGUCGCUCCUAUGAAGGCACUGGCUGCAGAGGUUACAUCAACAUUUAGUCAUCGUCUUGCCCCUUUGAAUUUGACUGUGAAAGAACUUACAGGAGAUAUGCAACUUACCAAAAAUGAACUAGAAGUGACUCAGAUGAUAGUAACAACACCUGAGAAAUGGGAUGUCAUAACUCGAAAAAGCAGUGACAUGUCGCUUUCUAUGUUGGUGAAGCUUUUAAUUAUUGAUGAAGUACACUUACUGAAUGAUGAUAGAGGUCCUGUAAUAGAGGCAUUAGUUGCUCGCACCCUCCGUCAGGUUGAGUCAACACAGACUAUGAUACGCAUUGUGGGUCUCUCAGCUACGCUGCCCAAUUAUUUGGAGGUGGCGAACUUUUUGAGGGUGAAUCCUGAAGCAGGCUUGUUCUUUUUUGACUCUAGCUACCGUCCAGUGCCUCUUGCACAGCAGUAUAUUGGGAUCUCUGAGCCGAACUUUGUUGCUCGUAACAACUUAUUGAAUGAGAUUUGCUAUAAUAAGGUCGCAGAUUCACUAAAGCAAGGGCAUCAGGCAAUGGUUUUCGUUCAUUCACGAAAAGACACAGGAAAAACAGCAAAAACACUGAUUGAAAAUUCGCGAAAAAUGGAAGAUGUGGAUUUAUUUAAGAAUGAGACACAUCCACAGUAUGAGCUGCUAAAGAGGGAGGUACAAAAGUCCAGAAACAGAGAACUUGUUGAGUUAUUUGAUUCUUCCAUUGGUAUUCACCAUGCUGGGAUGUUACGUUCUGAUAGAGGCCUGACGGAACGCCUUUUCUCCCAGGGCAUCCUCAAAGUCCUUGUAUGCACUGCAACUUUGGCAUGGGGAGUAAACCUACCUGCUCACACAGUUGUCAUAAAGGGUACUCAAAUAUAUGAUCCAAAGGCUGGUGGAUGGCGAGAUCUGGGCAUGCUUGAUGUUAUGCAGAUCUUUGGACGUGCUGGAAGACCACAGUUUGACAAAAGCGGUGAAGGAAUUAUCUUAACAUCUCAUGACAAGCUGGCCUACUAUUUAAGAUUACUGACGAGUCAACUCCCCAUAGAGAGUCAGUUUAUCAGCUCCUUGAAAGACAAUUUGAAUGCAGAAGUGGCCUUGGGAACGGUAACAAAUGUUAAAGAAGCUUGUGCUUGGCUUGGAUAUACUUAUCUAUUCAUAAGGAUGAAGUCUAAUCCCCUAGCGUAUGGGAUAGGAUGGGAUGAGGUUGUUAGUGAUCCUUCACUGGUUUCAAAGCAAAGGUCUCUCGUAGUAGAUGCUGCACGUGCUCUUGACAAGGCAAAAAUGAUGCGGUUUGAUGAAAAAAGUGGCAAUUUUUAUUGUACAGAGCUUGGUCGAAUUGCUAGUCAUUAUUAUAUUCAAUAUUCUAGUGUAGAAACUUACAAUGAAAUGCUUAGGCGCCACAUGAAUGACAGUGAGGUAAUUAACAUGGUAGCCCACUCAUCUGAAUUUGAAAAUAUUCCUAUUAGAGAUGAGGAGCAGAAUGAGCUAGAAAGCUUGGUUCGCUUAUCAUGCCCUGUAGAUGUCAAAGGUGGCCCCAGCAAUAAAAAUGGAAAAGUUUCAAUCCUUAUUCAGUUGUACAUUUCACGAGGCUCGCUAGACAGUUUUUCUUUAAUCUCUGAUGCAGCAUACAUUAGUGCAAGCCUGGCCCGUAUCAUGCGUGCUUUAUUUGAAAUUUGUUUGCGCAGAGGAUGGUGUGAAAUGUCUUCUUUCAUGUUGAACUAUUGUAAGGCAGUAGAUCGCCAAAUAUGGCCUUUCCAACAUCCUCUCAGACAGUUUGGCAAAGAUCUUUCAUCAGAAAUAUUGGCUAAACUUGAACACAGUGGGGCUGACUUAGACCGCCUCUUCGAGAUGCAUGAGAAUGAAAUUGGAGCCCUCAUUCGUUAUGCUCAUGGUGGAAAGUUGGUCAAGCAAUAUUUGGGAUAUUUUCCACGGAUUGACUUGUCUGCAAUUGUGAGUCCUAUCACCAGAACUGUUCUCAAGGUUGAUUUGCUCAUAACACCUGACUUUACUUGGAAAGAUCGCUUUCAUGGUGCUGCCCUACGUUGGUGGAUUCUAGUUGAGGAUACCCAGAAUGACCACAUAUACCAUACAGAGCUCUUCACGUUGACAAAGCGGAUGGCAAGGGGAGAAUCUCAAAAACUUUCAUUUACUGUACCAAUAUUUGAACCACAUCCACCCCAGUACUACAUCCGUGCUGUUUCUGAUUCUUGGUUGCAUGCAGAGGCCUUUCAUGUGAUUUCUUUCCAUAAUCUCACCUUACCAGAGACUUAUAUGUCGCACACCGAACUUCUUGAUUUGAAACCUCUUCCUGUGACAUCGCUGGGAAACAAGGCCUAUCAGGACUUGUAUAAGUUUUCACACUUCAAUCCCAUUCAAACACAGACUUUCCAUGUGUUAUAUCACACAGACAGCAAUGUUCUUUUAGGAGCUCCAACAGGAAGUGGAAAAACCAUAUCUGCAGAACUUGCAAUGCUUCAUCUCUUCAACACUCAGCCUGAUAUGAAGGUCAUUUAUAUUGCACCUUUGAAGGCCAUUGUUAGAGAGAGAAUGAAUGACUGGAGAAAGAGGCUGGUUUCUAUGCUUGGAAAGAAGAUGGUUGAGAUGACUGGGGAUUUCACUCCAGAUCUAAAGGCGCUGUUGUCCGCAGAUAUCAUAAUCUCCACUCCUGAAAAGUGGGAUGGUAUCAGCCGUAAUUGGCAUACCCGAAGCUAUGUCAUGAAGGUAGGGCUUAUGAUUUUGGAUGAAAUUCACUUACUUGGAGCUGAUCGUGGUCCCAUUCUUGAGGUGAUCGUCUCUCGAAUGAGGUAUAUAUCAUCACAAACGGAGCGUGCAAUACGGUUUGUUGGCCUUUCAACAGCCUUAGCAAAUGCUCGUGAUUUGGCUGACUGGUUGGGUGUUGGGGAGACUGGGCUCUUCAAUUUCAAGCCUAGCGUGAGGCCUGUACCCCUUGAAGUUCACAUCCAGGGAUACCCGGGGAAAUUCUACUGUCCCAGAAUGAAUAGCAUGAAUAAACCUGCAUAUGCAGCCAUAUGUACCCAUUCUCCUACAAAACCAGUUCUUAUAUUUGUUUCAUCUCGUCGCCAAACAAGACUUACUGCACUUGACCUCAUUCAGUUUGCGGCCUCAGAUGAACAUCCAAGGCAGUUCCUGAAUAUGCUGGAGGAUGAUUUGGAAAUGAUCCUGUCUCAGGUCACUGAUCAGAACCUGAGGCACACUUUACAAUUUGGCAUUGGAUUGCACCAUGCAGGAUUGAAUGAUCGAGAUAGAUCUUUGGUUGAGGAGCUUUUCGCAAAUAAUAAAAUUCAGGUCUUGGUAUGUACCAGCACAUUAGCAUGGGGUGUAAAUCUUCCAGCUCAUCUGGUCAUCAUUAAGGGAACAGAAUAUUAUGAUGGUAAAGCAAAAAGAUAUGUUGAUUUUCCCAUUACAGAUAUCUUGCAAAUGAUGGGUCGUGCAGGUCGACCACAAUAUGACCAACAUGGAAAAGCAGUUAUUCUUGUCCAUGAACCCAAAAAGAGCUUCUAUAAGAAGUUUCUUUAUGAACCAUUCCCAGUUGAAAGUAAUCUGAGGGAGCAGUUGCACAACCAUAUCAAUGCUGAGAUUAUUUCUCGCACAAUUUUCCGUAAAGAGGAUGCAGUGCAUUAUCUUACAUGGACUUACUUGUUUCGUCGAUUGGUUGUUAAUCCAGCCUACUAUGGAUUGGACGAUACUGACACAAACACUUUAAAUUCAUACUUGUCAAGUUUAGUGCAAAAUACAUUAGAAGAUCUGGAAGAUAGUGGAUGCAUCAAGAUGAAUGAAGACACUGUGGAGCCUUUGAUGCUGGGUUCAAUAGCAUCCCAGUACUACCUUAGCUACUUGACAGUAUCAAUGUUUGGAUCAAAUAUAGGCCCAAAUACUUCACUUGAAGUUUUUCUGCACAUUCUUUCUGGUGCUUCAGAGUAUGAUGAGCUCCCUGUUCGGCAUAAUGAGGAAAAUUACAACGAAGCCUUAUCCAAAAAAGUUCCAUAUCCAGUGGAUCAGCAUAAUCUUGAUGACCCACAUGUGAAAGCAAAUUUACUCUUCCAGGCACACUUUUCACAAGUAGAAUUACCAAUUAGUGACUAUAUCACUGACCUAAAAUCAGUACUGGAUCAAAGCAUUCGUAUCAUCCAGGCUAUGAUAGACAUAUCUGCUAAUAGUGGAUGGCUUUCAAGCACAAUAACUUGUAUGCAUCUUCUACAAAUGGUCAUGCAGGGUUUGUGGUUUGGUAGAGAUUCACCCUUGUGGAUGUUGCCGUGCAUGAACGAUGAUCUCCUAAGUUUCCUGAGUGGAAAAGGCAUCUCAAAUGUGCAACAGCUAUUGGGUCUCUCAAAGAUGAAGCUCCAGAAGUCACUACAGAAUUUCUCUGCUUCACAAUUAUACCAGGAUCUGCAGAAUUUUCCCCAUGUUCAAGUAACUUUAAAAGUCCACACAGAAGAUAAGGGAGGGACGAAUUCGUCUGUUCUUGACAUUAGAUUGGAAAAACUGAGCUCUCGGAGCACAACAUCGAGAGCCUUCACUCCUCGGUUCCCAAAGGUAAAAGAUGAAGCAUGGUGGUUGGUGCUUGGAAAUGUCACCACCUCAGAACUAUAUGCUUUGAAACGACUGAGUUUCUCGGACCGUUUGGUUACUCAAAUGACGUUACCCUCGGAAUCAAAAAAUCACGAGGGGAUGAAGCUUAUUCUCGUUUCUGACUGUUAUCUUGGAUUUGACCAAGAGCACUCCAUUGCAAAAUUCUUUUGAGUCCCCAAAAGGUGGCAAAGAAGUGAAAGGAGGAGCUAUAGCUGGAGCAUCAACAGAAAAGUAGGAAACAAGCUUAACUGUGAGAUUCAGAAGCGCCAUCAGUGAUUUUAAGUACCAGAUUUAUUCGCCUAUGGUUGAAUCUACAGGAUCAUUUGGGUUACUGAAAUAUUGGAAGGUUUUGCAAUCUGAGGAAUUGAAAUGGAAUCAAGAUCAGACCUGAUUCACAUGGUCUGGGUUUGGACCCACAUUUCAGGCCAGUUGGGUGAAUCCCUCUUUGAGGCCACACGUUUAGGAUGUAGAUAGGAUCUAAUGGGAUGAAUUGAACCAGGUGAACAUCCAUCGGGUGGGCCAUAUACUGAAAUAUAGCUCCAAAAUUAUUCCGACCAGGUCUACCUACCUUUCCAGAAAAAAAAAAAAAACUUUCCAAGUGAGUGUGUAGAAACCCUCACUGUGUUUAUUACUAUUUUGAGGUGACUGAACUGUUAAGUUGUGUGAUUGGUAUCCAUGUGUUGCUGUGUAAUCUCCAUCAUAAAGCACACUCAUGAUGAGAGGCCCAGAUCUCAUUUUAAUGUACAUUCUGUCUAUUCAGAAAGUAUUUGUGAUUCCGAUUUA